CAUGGGGGCCCCCGGGCAAUAGGGGAUCAUGGGGCCCCUGUGUCCUUGCCCAAACUCAAAAAAGCCUAUGAAAAAGGUACCAGGGGCAUCUCAUGGGGCCCCCUACUGACCCUGGGCCCUCAGGCAGUGUCUGAGUUUCCAAAUGGUCAGUCCGCCCCUGCUCCAAUGUACACCUCACUCCGCAGUACCGGUGUCACCGGAGAGAUCUGCACUCCAGUAUACACCUCACUUCCCAGUACUUGCGUCACCAGUGAGAUCUGCACUCCAUACCCAUGUCACAAGUGAUAUCUGCACUCCAGUACACAGAGCUCAC